GAUUUUUUCGAUUCAAAAAUGGGUAGCUCUAGCUCUCUUAUCUGUACUGAGUUUGUUGUAAGCUGGCCUCUCAAAACCAGUGUCGAAGGUUUGUUCGCAAGGAGCGUAUGCCCAGCUGUGCAGUAACACUCUGGGUACAGCUUGCCUUGCAUAUUGGCUCCUUUCCGUGCCUGCAGCUGACCCUCUUUAGUGACGGGUUUUUGAAUCGUGAAAUUUGAUUGUCGACAGGUCAUUCAGUGAAUUUUAGCACACAGAGAGGUCCAAGCAGAGGAAGCCAUGGGCCUGUUAGAUUUCUUGAAAAGGCAUCAGAGGAAGUUCUACAUUACCGGAGCAAUUGUAGGAGGAGCAUUUGCUCUUGGUAAGUUUGCCCAGUGGAAGUUAGCAGAGUACAGCGAUCGUGUGGCAGCUGAAGAAGUAGCCAGGGCACGGAAAAAGCACCAUUAUGACAGCAAUCAGAGAACGUGCAAAAUGACAGCUAUAGCGAUGCUUCCGUCACUGCGAGAGCGUCUCUUCAAUGCUCUAGACACGGAGGCGCUGACAACGAAGUUAAAAAGCAGCCCAGAGAACAAAAUCCUGACUUGGCAAGAGCUAAAGACUGUCACGUUUGCCCGCUUCCUGUCAAGCGUGUAUGCAUGCUGUCUUCUCAUCAGUUUCCUGCGUGUCCAGCUGAACAUUCUGGGUGGCUGCAUGUACCAUGGCGAGAUGCAGACGGGCAGUAGCCUAUUCCAUAUCUUCACAGAAGUUCACAAGGAGUAUUUGGCUGUAGUGCAGUACUUCCUCGGACCAGGACUAACACGACUUAUUGAUGUGGUCCAGAGCAAAGUACAGGACAGCAUUGGCAGUGUGUCAUUGAAGGAGAAGGUUGACGUAGCAGACAUUGAGCGGAUGAUUGCCACUGCUCGCCAGGCAAUAGAAGUAGGUAGCAUUGAGCAGGCAGACGACACUGCUACUACUGCUACUAGUGCAAGUGCAGAUGCACACCGGUCACUUCAUCCGCUUGUUACAUUCUUGCUGCCUCCGGAAUCUAAUGGGGGUACAUCAGAGGAGACACCAGACCAGGCAGAGUCGGAAGAUGUGCCGAGUAUAUCACCUGACGCACAGGCGUACAUUACCCAGCUGAUGGGUCACACAAGAGAUGUACUGGAGAGUCAAGAUUUCAAGAGCACGCUGAGUGCGUGUUUGGACUGCGGAUUUCAGUUUGGUUCCACUGGUCUUGCUGAGAGCAUGCUGACACCAAGUGUAGAUCAUGCGGCAGCUAAGAUACCACUUGCUCGAGUAGUUCCCAUCCUCAACGCCCAGACGCAUGGCUUGUUUGCACACCAGGGUGAUGGUGUUGUCUCGUCCGUGAUGUCUCUGGAGCUGCUGAACCAGUUCUCUGCCAAUGUUUACGAGGCCUAUAGUCACGAAAUCUCCUUCGAAUAGACCUGCUGUUGUGAUGGCCCACUGACAGAGUACAUGACUAUACUGUCAUUCAGUGCAAGUACCGUGUUGCAUGCGUUUGAGAACUGUAGCUCAUAACCCAUGUACAGUAGGCAUGACUGGCAUGUCACAGACUCAGUACUCACUCACACACAUAUCAUGAUAACGGUUGAGUAAUGAGAACUAUCUCAUCUUCUAUGUCAGUAGCUUCUUAUCAUAGCAUCAUCUAGGUAAUUGCCCCCCUUGUGUCACAGUUUGGAGGACUUUACCAUGCUAUCCUGUGCACUAGCACAGGAUUGUUGAAGUAUGGCAGUUUGUCGUCUCCUCUAUUCUAUCAUCCGUACUCAUGUCUCAUGCUGGCUAUUCUUGCUGCUCCCUUCACUUGUCACGUUUCCUGCUUUCAGCUGGACUGAAAGCAUAAACUCAUUUUGCAUUCCUCAGAAUAAUGUUCGUGUUUAGGUUUAUUUUCUGAAUUCCGAGCCAGCCAAUAGCAUUCCGUGUCUCCACUGGCACCUGAACAUCUGCUCCUUGAUAUUUCAUUCUAUUUUUCUACUUUUCAACCUUGGCUAACCCCCGAGCGUGAAAAUAAUGUUCAUCAUGACUCCUAUUUCAAUGAAAAUUGAGAAAACAAUUGUGCCUACUAUUCA